GCCAUAGUCCCACCUAGCUUGUCACACUCGAGACGAUGAAGAAGAACAAGUUCUUCUAGGAAGAAAAGUACAGUUACUAAUAAUAUGGUGGACGAGCAGUUUGUUUCCGCCGUUUAUCGUUGACGAGCAACUUUCAACGAACAUGUUCGGCAAGAAGAGGAGAGAGCCCCUCCCCAAAGGCAGGGGCACCGCCGCUGCCAAGCAGAUGGGCCUGUUUGUAGAUAUGGACCCCGAGGACAUGAUGACAAUGGGGGCUGAUGAGGGUUUGGACGACCCGGACUUGGAGGCUGAGCUGGCUGCCAUCACUGGAGGCAAAGCGGCCUCGGGUAAAGGGGGAAAAGCCAAGCACAAGGGAAGAAGCCCGCUUCCCAUGGAGGACAUCGCCAAAAUGGCAGAUGAGUGUAUGCGAGAUGUUGACGAGGAUGAAGAUGAUGACAAUCUAGAGGAUGAUGAAGACCUCCUGGCUGAGCUACAGGAAGUGGUGGGUGAGGAUGGCGAGCAGCCCAGAGGUGUUUCUUCUUCAUCUGCGGUAACUAUCGUUGAACCUUCCUCACAGGAAAAGAGCCUGUCUGUUGUGGCAGCUGUGCCUGGCAGUGUGCAGCACACAUUAGAAGAGCGGCUCGCCAUGUACAAGACGGCACUGCACAAUGCCAAGACGGCGGGCGAGGGCCCCAAAGCCCGCCGGAUCGAGCGUGGGCUAAAGACGAUGGAGUCCAUGCUGACUGCUGUCAAGAAAGGCCGCCAAGUGAGCGAGGCGGAGAUUCCUCCACCGGUCUCCACGGGAACCAAGAGCGCCACGCCAAGUGCCGCCCCUAGUGUGACCCCAGCUCUGCCCUCGCCUCCUGAAAUCAUCGCGCCUGAUGGCGAAGAGGAGGAACUGCACUCAUCUGCCUCCAUGCUAGCACUCGCUGAUGAGCCAUCACAGGAGCAGGCGGAUUCGGCGCAGGCGCAGGCCCAUCCGUCACAGGAACAAGCCCAUACUUCACAAGAGCAGGCGGAUCCUUCACAGGAGCAGGCGGAUCCUUCACAGGAGCAGGCGGAUCCUUCACAGGAGCAGGCGGAUCCUUCACAGGAGCAGGCGGAUCCUUCACAGGAGCAGGCGGCUCCUUCACAGGAGCAGGCGGAUCCUUCACAGGAGCAGGCGGAUCCUUCACAGGAGCAGGCAGACAUCUCGCCGACCGCUAAUAGGAAUGCAAAUGAGCGUGUGGCAACGCUGUUGGUGCAAAGGCAGCGAGAGUACAAAAUGGCUGCUUUGGCAGCCAAGAAGGCAGGAGAGGCGGAGCGAGCCAUGGUUUACUUCAGAACCAGCAAGAAGUUCGAUUCCGUGAUCGAGGCUUUGAAACAAGGACAAGCUGUCGACCUGAGCGGCCUGCCUCCUCCUCCAGGCACAAGUGGCAGCGCAACGCCAGUCAAGCAAAACAUUCAAGUACCCGGACCGGCUGCGGAAGUUCCAGCCCUGUCGGCUCCUGGGAACGUACUGGAGGCGCUGGAGCAGAGGCGAGCCAAGUACAUCGAGGCGUCGGCUCAAGCCAAAGCCGGCGGGGACGAGCGCAAGGCCCGCAUGCACGACCGUAUCGCUAAGCAAUACCAGAGCGCCAUCCGAUCUCACAAAGCGGGAAAAGCGGUCAACUUUGAUGAGCUCCCCGUUCCCCCAGGCUUUCCUCCCAUUCCGGGCCAGAAGGCCACGACGACCGAGCAAGGCUUGGUCGCUGCCCUGGAGGCUGCCUCAAAGCUCUCAACUACCGAUGAUGCAAGUGCAGAUGAGGAAGAAGAGGAAAAUGAGGUGGAGCCAAAGAAGACCACACUAAGCGUCCCGGCUGCGUCACGAGGUCGCAGAAGAUCUCCGUCUGUUUCGCCUGACAGAACAUCCGCCAGAGAUCUCUCAGCUGCAGGACUACCUCUCCUUGGUUCUGCAGCGGCACAGCAGCUGGCAUUCCUAGAGGGCCGCCGCAAGCAGUACAUGAAGGCAGCGCUUCACGCCAAGCAAAAAAACGAUAUGGAGCAGGCCAAGAGCUUCCUGCGCACCGCCAAGGGUCUCGAGGUCAUGGUGGAGGCGGCGCGCAGCGGAAAAGCUGUGGACAUCAGUGCGGUGCCCUCGCCCCCCGGUGACGAGGAUGAGGACUUUGUCCUAGUGCACCACAGCGACGUGGGGCUCUCGGAGAAGGCGGAGCAGCUCUACGCGCAGUUGGCCAAGAUCCUAAAAGAGCAACGCGAGAAAUGUUUGACUCACUCCAAGCAAUUCACCCACAUGGGGAACAUUACGGAGACCACCAAUUUUGAGAAAAUGGCGGAGUCGUGUAAGAAGAGUAUUGAGUUCCUCAAGAUGUCUCAGGCCAAGGGGCUGCCUCCCCCUAAACAUCAUUUUGAGGACAGAACCUUCCACACAGUUAGGAUGUUCCCAGAUCUCAGCAGCACUGAGAUGGUGGUGGUUAUUGUGAAAGGGAUGAAUCUUCCUGCACCCAGUGGCAUCCAAACAAACGACCUUGACGCUUACAUCAAGUUCGACUUCCCCUACCCUAGCACGGAGCAACCACAGAGACACAAAACCAACGUCAUAAAGAACAGCAACUGUCCAGAGUACAACCAGAGCUUCAGCCUGUCAAUCAAUCGCAACCACCGCGGCUUCAGGAGGGUAGUGACAUCCAAAGGCCUCAAACUGGAGCUGCUGCACAAAGGUGGCUUCCUGCGGAGCGACAAGCCCAUCGGGACGGCACACGUGAAGCUGGAACAGCUCGAGUCCCAGAGUGAAAUCAGGGAAAUAGUCGAGGUGAUGGAUGGCCGCAAGCCUACUGGCGGUCGCGUGGAAGUCCGCGUCCGCCUCCGGGAGCCUCUGAACGGGCAGGACGCGCAGGCGAGCACUGUGCGCUGGCUGGUGGUGGAGCAGUCGCCGCUUCUCGUCUAGAUAUUCGAUAUCCGCCACGUCUAUGGUGAUGCUACGCUACUUAGCAAGACCACGCUUCGCGGAUGCGCAGGUGGAAGGCGACCAGUCGUACUCAGGAGGCAUUUUCUCCCCUCUGUCCUUCAGACCUCUUUUGAAACUAUUUGCACAAUAGCAAGGCACCCAGCUGCUUGACAAGGUCAGUCAGAAGGCAUUUAGCGACAUCUACUGGCUGAGCGUGUGACUUCAUCUUACAGUAAAGCCUAAAAGACCAAGUGGUGUCUAUGCACUAAUAUACCAAAGUGAUCCAUGUUGCUGUACACGAAAUCUGAAGCGUAAUAGAUUAGCACGCAGCAUUUGUUAACAUACAAACAAUAAUAAGUAAGAAACCUUCGACAAAUGUUAACAAAUAUUUGGAAAGAAAUGCUAGUAAAAUCUGUCAAAAGUGGGGAAUAAUUGUUCAUUUUUGAAAACAAUUGAAAACAACAAAUCAAUUUGACAAGAAACUUGAAGAUGCUGCGAAGAAAAUGUGCCAGAGUUGAAGGAUUGCUUCAGGGUGUUUUGCUUUUCCUCUGGGUUUUUGUUGUUUUUUGGUGAGCGGACCAGCAAAAAUUCUGUCAAAAGAAAAACAUCACGGGAAAUAAACCUGUUUAUUUGUUCAUAUUUAAAAUAUAAAAAUGGUACUGCAAAAAAAAAAAAACUAAUUGGGUUAUCGAGGAAGGCCCAAAAGUGGUACAAUUUAAAAUGAUAUCAAUAAACAUGAUUAGCAUGUAGCGGAGCGUGGUGGCAGGUGAACUUACUUGAACUGUCACAGCAAAAAUAGUCUUUCAUUGUCACUAAGUUUCUCAAAAAUAUGUUUACUCUUUGACUUUAUGCUGUUUUAGGCACUACAAUUGUUUUCGGGGGGGAGAACGAAUUAAAUCUGUAUUGGAAUAUCGUUCGCCUAUUAUGUCGUCUAUUGAUGACAACAAAUUCAACUAGAGUCCAAUUGCAAACAGUUUAAGCAGUUGGUGGAUUUAAUCGAUUUUGUGACGGUAAGUUUAAAAAGUGACUUGGGCAGUUGUGGGAUUAGGCUAACAAUAUUACACAAUAUGAGCAAUACAGUAAUGACGUCAUACUUUGACUUUAGGUUGGUGAAUUUCUUUUCAUGCUCAUGUGCCAGUUAAGCAUCCAACAACUGUAGAAGUUACAUCCAUGUCACACAAAAGAGAAUUGUAACCGCCUCCCCGCACUAUACGCCCCAAAGCGGUGUCAAAGUUGCUGCUAAGUGCUAACCACAUGCGCCAUUAACCUUUGUGGACAAAUGCAAGAAGAAGCCAUAUUGGCAAAUUCAGCCUGUCAGGUGUCUGCUGCAAACAUCAAAAAAGUACGCAUGAACAUUGCAACGCUCUUCUCACUGUAUAGAAAUAUAAAAGCAUGUCAAUUUCAGUUUAUUUAAUAAUGGACCAUCUUAAAAAUCAAAAUAAAUCAAUUUUACUCUGUU